AUGCAAUCGUCGUUUACUUCUAGCGAUUCAGAAUCUGAAGAACAUAAACAAUUAGAACGACGACGAAAUCGUUUUACAAAUCAAUCAACAUCUAUAAUUCAUAAACCAAUUCAAGUAAUAAAUGAACCUUUAAUAGGCACAUGUGAAAGAUUAGAAAAGAAUUAUCUUCGUUUAACAAGUGCACCUAAUCCAUCAACAAUUCGACCAUUAAUAAUUCUUGAACAAGCAUUUCCUUUUGUUUUAAAUAAAUAUAAAUCAAACAAUGAUUGGUCAUAUAUUAGUAAUCAAUUAAAAAGUAUUCGACAAGAUCUUAUGGUACAAUCAAUACGAAAUGAUUUUACAGUAUUAGUUUAUGAAGAAAAUGCUCGAAUAGCACUUGAAAUGGGUGAUCUAGAUCAGUUUAUUCAAUGUCAAACACAAUUAGAACUUUUAUAUGAUUCUGGUUGUAAUCCUACUCAUUUAAUUGAAUUUCUUAUUUAUCGUUUACUUUAUUCAUUGUUAAUCAAUGAUUAUAAAAAAGCAAAUCGAAUUUUAAGUGAUAUCGAUAAAGUAAAUAUAUCAACACUAGAAUCAAACAAUCUUGACAUUGUUCUUGAAUUUUGUUCAUCAUUUCGUCGAAAAAAUUAUAUUCAAUUAUUUAUACUCUAUAGAUCUUUACCUAAACUUACUUGUUGUUUAGUAAAUUUUUUUAUUGAUAUUUAUCGUAAACAAAUGAUUCAAAUUUUAAUUUGGGGAUUUGCUCCAACACUUCCAAUUGAUGUUGUUACUACUAUGUUGGCUUACGAGUCAAAUGAGAUUUGUUAUGAACGCCUCAGUUCAUUGGGUGUUAUAUUCAUCAAUGAAUCAAUGUCUAUUGAUUAUCAAGUAGAAUUGGUUAUUGAUUCAACAGAUAAAGAACGUACUUUCUAUUGUUCUAGUCGAGUUAACUUAGAUAAGCAAGGUAAUAAAUUAAUGGCUUCAAUUGAUAAGCCAGUUUCAACUUCUCCAGAAUUUAUAUUAAAACAUGAACAAGCUAAUUCUACUGCUAUACGUAUUCGUAUCAUCCCAAAUGGUUAUAUUGGUGUUAAUCGCAUUAUUUGUCAUUGGGAUAAUAAUAUUACCUAUGGUCAAAUAGCUGAUCUUAUAAUUGGAGAACAACCUGGUCGUAUUCAAUUAAAAGAAUCUUGUCAAGCAUAUGAUUAUCGUUAUGUUCAAUGUAUAUUUGAUGCACCAACAAUUGCACGUGCAUUUCGAAAUGGUUUUCCUCGACUUUAUGAAUUUUCAGAAUAUACUUCUGAAACAGAAUAUCAUCAUCCACCAGAACUUGUUAGUAUUACUGAUGAAAAUGAACUUGUCUUCAAUUUUGUACCUCGUGAAAAAAAUCGAAUUCCAAAAAAAAUUUCUAUGAGUGUAAAUAUGACAUUAAGACGUUUUGGAUCAGCUUAUUACAGAUUUAAUAUUGAACCUAUACAUACAACUAAAGUUGAUUUUAGAAUUCAAAAUAUAUCGAGUAAUCAUUUAACUAUAAUGAUUAAUCAUAAUAAGACCGGAGCAAUACGUGAACGUUUUUGUUCCGGACAUGUGAGUCAAGUAGACAAUCAAAAGACAUUAAUAGCAGUUCAGGAUAUCUCAAAAACAUCAGACCAAAAGAUUUCAAUUGAUGGUCUUCGUUCAUCAACACAAUAUAAAAUUUGCCUUUAUUGUUUUUAUGAACAAACUGAUCAAUCAUUUAGAAAAGAAAUAUGUCAUACAAUUAAAACUAAAGGAUCAAGUGAUUCUGUUACAAAACAUUUGACUAAUCCAACAGGGCCACCAGUACGAAUACCUUUAAUAUCAGAUUCUGAUACUUCAUCAAUACAAGUUAGUAAUGGUAUAAAUGAGCCUCCAGAUGAUCCAUCAUUCGACGAAAAAUAUCAACAUAUGGACGGUUUGAUGGAACAAAUGAUAAAAAAUGAUAUAGUAGCACCGGAUACAAUAGAUCUUAGAAACCAAAAAAAUGCGAAAUAG